AUGGCCGCCCGGCCAGUUCUCCUUCGGUUUGAGAGUCGAAAUGGCCAGUUUCGAGUUACUGUCAACCCAAGUGACCUUUUCCCUACCGUACAACAGAAGUCCGUUUUCAACCGCCAGAUACUAGAACACCUGCCCUCAGAAGUCGAGCCUACUUCUCUCACGCUUUCGAAUAAGCCGAUAGGCACUGGUGGUGAAGAAAGGGAACUGGAAGCGCUAGGUGCAGUUUCUAUUGGAGAGGUCGGCCUAAAACAUGGUGAUAAACUUUUUAUCGGAUACCAAGAUCGAACAGCUCAACAAAAUGGCUACACGAACGGGCAUACAUCAACCCAGACGGAGCGUCGACUGAAUGGCACCUCAGUACCCAUAACACAAACCGUCCCCAUUCGCGCGCAACCAACAUCACCUACUACGAAUAUCGCAAACCCAUGGGAUGUGGUCAAGCAAUCACCGCUGGACAACAAGCUGGAUAAGACAGAUGGCAAGAUUAAGCGAAAGAAGGACCAGCGUAUGUGCAAACAUGGCGAGAAAGGCAUGUGUGACUAUUGCAUGCCUUUGGAGCCAUAUGAUACGAAUUACCUGUCCGAAAAGAAGAUCAAGCAUCUGUCUUUCCAUUCAUAUCUACGCAAAAUUAACGCCGCUACCAAUAAACCUGAGAUUGGAGACUCAUUCAUACCUCCACUGAGUGAGCCUUACUACCGUGUACGGCGGGAUUGCCCAUCAGGACACCCGGCUUGGCCUGAGGGUAUUUGCACUAAGUGUCAACCCAGCGCCAUCAGCUUACAGCCUCAGGAAUACCGCAUGGUUGACCAUGUUGAAUUCUCUACACCUGACCUGAUCAACUCAUUGCUGGACUUUUGGCGUAAAUCGGGCUCUCAGCGACUGGGAUUCCUUUAUGGUACAUAUGAAGAAUACAAAGAAGUACCGCUGGGUGUUAAGGCAGUUGUUCAGGCCAUCUACGAGCCCCCACAAGUGAACGAGGUAGAUGGUGUAACUCUUCAUGACUGGCAUAAUGAGAAAGAGGUGGAUGAGGUAGCAACUAUGUGUGGCCUUCAGAAAGUGGGUGUGAUCUUCACAGAUCUUCUGGACGCCGGCAAAGGAGAUGGCUCUGUCAUCUGCAAGCGACAUAUUGACUCUUAUUACCUAUCUUCCCUCGAAAUUGCUUUCGCGUCGCGUCUUCAAGCACAAAAUCCCAAAGCCACAAAAUGGAGCCGAACAGGGCGCUUUGGUUCUGACUUUGUGACCUGUGUACUCAGCGGUGAUGAUACUGGAGCUAUCGCUGUGAGCUCUUACCAAGCAACAGUCUCAGCAACUGAGAUGGUACGAGCAAACAUUGUUGAGCCAUCUGCGGAGCCAUCCGUUAUGCUGGUACAGUCAGAAGAAGAUGAAGAUGUUGGUAGUAGGACUCGUUAUAUCCCUGAAGUUUUCUUCCGUCGCAUCAAUGAACACGGUGCCAGUGUACAGGAGAAUGCAAAGCCAAGCUUCCCUGUAGACUUCUUAUUGGUAACACUUACACAUGGUUUCCCGACCGAAUCCAACCCCCUUUUCAAAAAUAGCCGCUUCCCAAUCGCGAACCGAGAGAUCAUUGGCGAGAGCCAAGAAUUGCGACAUGUGGCUCAGAAGCUCAUGUCUCAUGGCGACCCAGACAAAGCUAUUCAGGGUGUAUCGGACUUCCACCUCCUGUGCUUCCUGCAUGGACUUUCCACCUUCGGCAAAGAUGAAGAAGGUCUUCUGUGUCGAAUCGCAACGACCCACUCCCCCGCGGAUGGAAUCCAGCUAUUGAAUACCCCCGGGUGGGCAACCUUGAUGACAAUUCUUCAAGAGAGUGGUGAGCGCCCCCCUAAGCGUCCCUGGCCUACGUCAACCGACCUUGGGUCUCCCUCAUCCUCUGCCCAUACCCCCCGUUCCAUGUCCCCAAAGUCCGACGGUGAACAGCUUGCUAAAAGGUUCAAGGGAACUAGCCUGAGAUAA